GCAACCUUACCCAACGCUUCUUUAGCGAACGUCCACAACAUUGCCAUCCUCAUCCAUAUUAAGCGUCUGCCCUCCGGUGGCUCGCUUGAGAAAAUCCUAUUUGGCUUUUUUUUCUCCGCUUAGCUGAGGCCCAAACCUUCGCUGCCCCCACCGUCCUGUUUGUUCCCGCCGCCAUCUCCCACCAGCCAUCGACAUCAAAAUGGCCGGCAGGGCCAGCAUCCUCGCCCUUCUACUAGGGCUCGUCCUGCAGUAUGUCUGGACAAGGCGGUCAGCUCUGGCCGCAAUGGUCAACCACGGGCCGCCGUACAGCGGCCUGCCGUCUGUCGCCGCCUUCGGGAACGGCAGCGUGAGGCUGCAACACGAGGUCCGCAAUUGCGAGGACGCGGUCCUGCUCGAGCACGCCCACGCCCACGCCGCCAUCCUGAGCUGUGAUAGGGGCAGGGACGGCUGGAACACAGUCAUGGGCGCCUUUGCCGAGAAGCGUGACCUAGUGCCCAACGGGGAGUUGUUCUUGUAUCGAUACGAGGACGCCGGCGAGCACGAUGCCCUGCAGAAGAUCCAGCUGGUCGGAUAUGGUGGGGAGGAAAGCGAGGGCGAUUUCCACCCUCUCGGGAUCGAGUACCACGCUCCGAGCAACAGGCUUUUUGUGGCCAACCAUCACAGACACGGCUCGCGCCUCGAGAUCUUCGGGCUCGACCUAGAUGCCACUCAGCCAGUCGCUAGACACAUCCGAACGAUCACGCACCCCUUGCUCAGCUCGCCCAACUCGAUAGCCGUCGUGUCGAAGAACGAGCUGUAUGUCACCAACGACCACCUCUUCCCCGUGGGAGCCCAUCCCUGGCUGUCCUCUCUGGAGACAUACCUGGCCCCUCCGCUCGCCUGCGUCAUCUAUCUCAAGCUGGACGACCAAGCUCUGGAGCCGACCUCCCAGGCAGAUCCCGUGCUUGAGGCCCACAAGGUUGCCAGGCUCCCAUUUCCCAACGGCAUGGCCCUCUUGAACAGUACCACGUUGGCCGUGGCCGCCACGAGCCAUCUCGCCGUCUACCUGUACGAGAUCGGUCCCAAGCUUGCUGAUGGCAGCAGCAGUCCGGAAAUACUCCGCUUGCUUGGCAAGGUGCCGGUGCCCUUCUUCCCCGAUAACAUCUCCGUUGACAAGCGCGGCGUGCUCCUUAUUGCAGGCCACCCGCACCCGGGCGCCCUGGGAAAGGUGAAGGAAGCGCGCCGCGUCUGCAUGGACGCUCUGCACGGAUCAGGGGACGCCGAAGCCGCCGGCUGCAGCGGCAGGAAAAUCACUGCGCCCAGCUGGGUCAGCGAGUGGACGGAGGAAGCAGGGCUGAGGCACAUGUACGUCGCACACGACGGGUUCGGAUCGAGCAGCACCGCUGUCAGGGAUGUCGACAAAGGCCUGGGGAUUAUAACAGGUCUGUAUGAGGAGGGUGUGUUCGUCUGGAAGGAGACCUGGGAGCAUUAACACUGUGCAUCCAUUGGCAUUUUAUGUGACGUACAGCAUUUUAAGCCCGCCAGACCGGGCCGCGCUGAGUUGUACGAGCUGAGUGGCCUAAAAGAGCCUGCUGCUACCCCAAGCGUUCCGACAGCAGCAAGCAUCGCAGGGCUGAGGAUACGAAUAACGAGAGCUCGAGCCAGCAAAAGCCGAGGAGGAAGGAGAAGAUGAGUGAGAAGCAGGGGGUUGUGGACGAGCAUACGAACGACGGGGGGUGGGGAAAUGAGGAAAAAAAGAAAAGAAGAAAUAGAAGAGGGAGAGAAAUCAGAAAACACUCCAGUGGCGGGAGGCGGAUGCGGGGCCAACCCUAUUCCCCAAUGCUAAGAUAAUAUAGUCAGAUCUAUUCUCCCUUUGUCGGAGCGCGUGGCCAUCACCUUCCCGCGCCUAGGCUAACUGGGUAUCCAUAAUCUGGGCCGCGGUCGACACGGAUAUUCCCAGGGAGACGUGGAAACACACCAUCUGCAACCAAUUUUCUUAGAAAACGCAGCG